AUGUGGCCGUGUGUGAGAAGACGAAGAUCAUUUUUGUCGAGAUGCACUGUUCCAUUUGGUGUAAAGACUUAUGUUAUUUUCAGUAUUUUCAUCAUGUAUCAUCUGUUUCGUGAACAAGACAACAAAACUUCAAAUUCACCUGGCGUUUUUCGGAAGAAUUUUCCAUCACUGAACGGAUUACUUUCAUUGAAACGGUUUAACAAAACUGUCGCUAAAAAAUUAUCAACGACACGGUCUAACAAGGUGAAGAGUGUAACUUUAAGGAAUAUUCCGCGAGAUGACAAUUCGAGUGUUUCGCCAAUUAUUAAUUCUGGAUCGAAACAAAAUCUCAAAUUCCUUUUUGUUUUACAUCAUUACGAACAACUUACAAAGACUACAGAAAAUUUGCUACAACUGGCUGCGGUGGCCAAGCAAACUGGUCGUGUAGUCGUAGAGCCUUUAGUGCGCGAUUCUAGGAUGUGUGGUUUGCCUGACGGUUGGUUCGGACAAAGACGGUCGGAGGCCAGAAAAUUUCAUCCGAUGUCGCUGUAUUUUGAUGUGACAUUUAUGAAAAAUUUGCUCAAGAGAUCUCGCUAUGCCCCGUUGGUUAAACUAGAGACUUUCAAACGGGAAUGUCAAUCAAGCGUUACAAACACAACAUUGCUCCAUUUUAUGUACAGCGAUCGCAAGGAAGAAGAAAUGGUACGUUGGUACAAAAUAUCCUCGGAUAUUUAUCAAAAGACCGAAAGUGCUUUGAAAAAAUCCGGCUGGUGUGAAUGCAAUUUCAUCGAUAGCGGUCUUAAUUUUUCCAAUAGAAUCGGUAAUUUUCACGCCGGGAGACAGAUUUGCUUAGACGCCGAAAAAAUAAAAAGUCUUCAAUUAUUCAAAAGUAAAAUCCUGAAAGAAGACAAAUGUGUUACUAUAAUUCACUGGCGAGGGAUAGGUACACACAGAUGCCACUUCGAACCAGAAGUAAAUAUUGAAAGCCGGAAGUUGGUUUACUCCUUGCGAUCGAGUGAAUUUGUUAAUUCACUGGCGAAAAAAAUCAUCGACACAAUUGGCGAGGAAUAUAUUUCGAUUCAUAUCCGAGCUGAACGACAAAUUCUUUGGUAUGGAUUCGAUCGACUGUCACGGUGCAUCGAAGUGCUGAUGGAAAAAGUAAAAGACCUUCAACGAAAGUAUAAAAUUAAGAGAGUCUUUCUGUCAUCUGAUUUUACACGUUUUGGCUCAGACACAUUGCGUACAUAUACAUCACAGAAUAUUUCAUUCGCCAAGAAAAUAAAAGAAAUAUGGAGAUAUUUGUCGAAAACUUUAAAACCCACAAUGUACAAUCCAAGUUUUGGAGAUGCAUUAAUAAUGGACAGUGGGGUCGUUGCACUUACAGAGAAGAAUGUUCUUAUAGAGGGAUCACACUUACUGACAAUUGGCUCUGGCACUUUUCAACAAUGGAUUGUUGAUGGAUUUAUUGAGAGAAAAAUAAAUUAUGACAGGCAGAAGAAUUGGAUAGUCACAAGAGUAUGUCUCAAAGAGGACAAGGUUAAUAAUUACAAACCCAGCUGACAGCAAUACAACUCAUAGAUCAAAAUGGAAUUUCUCCUCUGGAUAACAAUAGAUUUUCUAGCAGAAAGGUGUUGAGAAGAAAGAAAAAUAUCAGCAAGGAGAUGUUUUUGAUUUAACACCACAUUUUCAUCACUAAAAUCAUAGGAAAACAUGGCAAACUGCAGAUAAUUGACAUUAGAUCUUUGGAGUCAAAGAGUAAACAUUUUUCAAUUUUUUCAGGAGCCUUUACAUCUUGCAAAGCUUCUUACUUGUUAAGAAAGCUUGCCAUAGACAAAAUAAUGGAUAAUAUCAUAUAAAUGGAAGAAAACCACCAACAUGUUAAUUCAACUCCCUUCUCACCUGAUUAAAAAUACUUUUCACCUUGAUCAACAUGUCAGUCUCACAGUCCCUGUCUCACAGUCCCUCACAGUCCCUGUCAUCUAAUCAAAGACGUAUAAAAUUAGUGAGGAGAGCAUCUCUCCAAUUUUGUGCAAUAGAAUAACAUGAGAACAAGAGUAAUCUUCAUGCAGAAAAUCUGAGCUAUAUUUGAACCAGCUUUCACUCCCAGGGCAAACUAAACAGCUGCUUCUCCUUACAAUAUCAAGAACUUAAGAAGACAGCUGAUCAAAAUAUCAACUGAAGAUUAUAGUUUUAUUUAACUCUGAAGUUUUACUGUUUCUCCACACAAUAUUAUUAACUUAUUGAGAAGAAAAAGAGAGAAGAGAACUGAUCAAAAUAUUGACUGAGGAUAAUGGUUUUACUCAACUCUGAAGUUUCAGAACUGACACCAAAAGAAAUAUUUUAAAGGCCAUGUAAACAAGGGUUAAUAUUCAGAUCUUGGAAAUGAAAUGGUAAACUGUCCUGCAAACAAAUUAAAAUUGUGAUUGACCAACUAAGAAUGUCCCUUAUUCAUUGUAGAAGAUAAAGAAAAGCCAUUCUAAGUUAGAGGGAUGUAAUGAUUCUUCAUGUAUUAGCCUAUCAAUAAUUUUCAUUUUUAUUUUUGGAACAAAUUUGGAAAAGGUAUUCUGGAGGUAAAAGACAGAAAUACUCUAUCAAAAAUAAAUUCAAAACAUUAUUUGUUAAAUCCAGUUUAGGAUUGUAAAAAGGAAAAAUAAAGAGUACCUGAAAGAGUGCUUUCCUUGAAAGACAGACUUGUCAUUAACCCUUUAACCCCAUGAGUGACCAAGACAGAAUUUCUCCUUACAAUAUCAAUACAAUAUCAAGCAGGCACAUGUUGAGAAUAAAGAAAAAUCUUAAUUAGAGGAUUAUUAGUUGAUCCACUACCAAAUACUCCAAACUUACAUCACAAGAACUGUAGGGCAGACAGUAAGGAGAAUUACUAAUGAGAUCUUGGGAGUUUAAGAGUUAAGGCCAAAGGACUGAGAUAAGAAUCCCAAAUCCCUCCCCUCUAGGAAUAUAGAGGAAACCUGUUCCUAAAGUGCAUUAUCAGUGUACAUAAAUCUAACUGAAAAGGGAGACAUCUACCAACUAUCAGUGAACGAUCACUCGAUGUGUUAGCCCCUUGAUAACUUUUAGGCAGCCCACUACUGCCAGAUAUUUAUUUAGUAGUCAGCCAAUUGGCCAUCAAUUCCAUUAAAUAUUAGCUUCUAUAUCAGCUGAUUAAAGACCACAUUAGCUGGAGCCAACCUUUUUAUUCACUACAAAAGAAUUGUAGUUGUCUUUCAUCUAAUGACAGCCCUGUGUAUUUAUGUCCCCACCAGCUUUAGAGAAGAAUAAAUAUACAAGUUAUUUACCAGCUGAAAGGUCUGUUCAGUGAAACCUGUAGCCUCAGGCUUAAAAAUUGCUACCUUCAGCCUACUGCCUUGUUCAGACUUGGCUCACAGUAUUUCACUAUAUGGACCUCUCCGCUAGGAAAUAACAUACAUCUAUUAGAACCGGGUAGUGUUACUCUCCAGUAAGGUACAAGGUUAUGUGUUAGUGAAAGCUAAAGAUGUUUCAGAUGUUGAAGAUGGUCAAUUUUUUUUUAAAGUUCAUAUGAAAUGAUCCAUCACAGACCGAUGAGUUCAUUAGGAAGUACUACAUUUCUGUAGGGCCUGUAACAGUGCAUCCUUGAUUUAUACGCAGUAGCUAAGUUACUUAAAUUUUCCCUCACCGCAACACCGUUCAGAUCGAGGAAGCUUUGUUUACAUGUAUCAACAGCGACUGUUGUAGCUCAGAAAAUUUUGAGAAGACCUCAUUUGAUGAAGAGAAGUUUCAACGCCGACGCCGUAAUUUAUUUCUAGUUUGGGAUACAGAUUAAUCACAUUUUAACUGGCAGAGGAAAUUUUCUUUGCGAAGACAAUUCAAGAAGACCGCCAUUACUCGAGUAGCUGUAAAAUGAGCUUGCAUCACAUGGAAACAUUAGAGCAAGAUCAUUGGUUAGCCUUAGUUUGACUAAAAAAAAAACAUUUUUUUUUACUCUCAGGGGUCCUGCGGAGUCAGACGCGCUCUUAGCUGGGACUGGUGAUUUUUAACAGUAAAUUUUAUCGUAAAUAACAUUAUAACUAUCCCUCGACGUUCCUUUUGUUACAAUUUAGUUGUAUGUGCAUUAUUAGAUUUCUUCGAUUGAUCAUUAGUUCCACUAAGCUCUACGCCAAAAGAAAGAGGAAAAACAACGAUGGGAGACUGAGUACAAAUCUGCCGUAUACCGCGAAGAGCUUGAGAACCAGUAACGAGGGGCUUUAAAAAAAUGGUGGCAGUAAGAUAUUGGUAAGUACUUCCCUAUUGAAAUGUUAAACUAUUCGUCGUAGAUUUGCAUAUUCAUGAAUUGACGUUUGUCUAGAUUAAUUGUAAACAUUGGUCCUAGUGGCUCUUCAACGGAAACGGAAAAGAUAAAGCAAAACGUAACAGGAUAAAUUGGUCCAUUUCGUUUCAUUUCUCAAUUUUCCACGUGUGUUUGCAGUACCUUGAACCUCUUAAAAUGGGAAAUCAUAAAAUUCAGUGGCAUUUGAUCAUGGAUUUCGUAUGCCUUGUCGCUCUGGGUGUUGCGGAGAUGUUGAUCCAUGUCAUCCCGAUAGAACCAUCUCACAGAGGAUUUUUUUGUGAUGAUAAAAGCCUUCAAAAACCUUUACAAGAAGAAACUGUCUCUACAUGGCUCACGAUAGUUGUGGGUUUCUCUGUGUCGAUUUCCGUGGUAAGUGUUUAACUUGAUAUUAACUCAAUUACAUUUUUAUUUACAGGCUAUUAUGGAUUUACUUAGCAAAUAGCCACUAAAGUCAAUACAAACAAAAUUACUCCAACAAACUUCUAGACCUGCUAAGAAUGUUGCUGUAAACGUUUUUAUACUCAGAAUAUAUUCGCAUGAUCUUCCCAACGGAGUAAGUGGAGGGCAGUCAUAAUUUUUUAAUAACACGCUGUGAACGAACAUUUAUUUGUUUUGUUUUAUUUUCAAACAGUGAACGCUUUACCCAAUCACGUUCUAGCCGUUUGAACUGUGACAACUUCUUUAUCCAUUGCCUAUCUUCGAUACUUAAAAAAAAACCUAAUCACUUUCGAUGUUACCAAACUUUAAUGAAUUGCGCAACUGAUUUAUUAUAUCGGCAGAGGCGUGAAAAUAGAAUAUGUAUUUCUAAUUUGCCGGAACGAGCCAAUACCGACUUUCCAUUGUCAAACUUAUUCCUACUAACACAAACGUUUGAGUUUGUGCCAUUUUGAUCCAUUUGAAUUUGUAACUUUCACUCUAUUUAACAGCAGUCACGAUUAAACUCCUGUGUUGAAGCAUUCCCUUAUUUCCUGCCAAGCCCUGAAGAAGAAAUGCAGAGGUGUUUUCACACAGAUAUUACUCGCCCAAUAAAGUAUUGAUACUCCUUUGAACAACAUAACGACAGAUGCAGUGAAGCAUGAAACACCCUUUGUCGUCUCAUUUCAGUUCAUUGUUUGAGCAAUAAGUAUCUUACAUUUUAUUUUCACUAAGAUUAUUCUGUGUGAAACAGUGAAUGCUAAAUCUAAAAGAAGAAAACAGCAGCUUCAAGUUGGCAAAUUCAACAUCAAAUGUGGACCAUUGAUAUGCACACCAACAGCAUGGCAAAGAAGGUGAUUUAUAGCUCUUACUUGUCCCCCAAGACUAUCUUUCUUGUAGAUAUUAUCACUUUUAUCAUGUUAAAUCCUCUUCUAGUCCACCAUAAGAACUAACAGCACUUAUUAAGGAAAAGUCAAGAGCAAAGAUCUCCUUAAAUAGACAAGCCAAUUUUUGGAUGCAACACCUAAGAGAAUUAACAAGUACAACCUGUACUCAACAGCCCCCAAUCAGAGUCUAUUGGAUAAUUGCCUCCCUCACUUGUUAUUAGGUUAUAUAAUUUCUGUAACUUUCUAGAUCUUAUUUUUAUAAAAAGAGGGAUAUUUUUUGAAGGUGGUCUAUCUUGCAGAGGGUCUUUGAAUCUUCUAUAAACCUUAGUACAAGCUAGAUUUUUCUGUAAUAAUAUACCUUUUUCGCUUUCAUUAUUCAACUAUAUUUUACCUGCAAUCAUUUAUUACCAUAUUGGAUGGUUUUUUUUUUUUUUCAUUUUGAAAAUUUCUGGAUCAUAAUAGAUGAAAUAUACAAAUAUAACCAGUCUGCUAUGCAUGUUUAUUAUAGGCUUGACUGAGAGGAAAUUUUUAUUGACAGUUGGUUUUGAGUCACUUCUCUAAUUUUAACCCUCUGAUCCCAAAGAUUGACCAUUGCUUAAUUUCUCCUUACAGUUCUACUGUGGAAUCAUUCAUUAAGAUUAUGAGAUUAAAGGAAAUGAUCGCCAGCCUAAUAAGCAUUGAUUGUUGAAUGAAUUCUCCUCAUCAGUUUCAAAGAAAAUGUAUAGAAUAGAGUAUAAAGAAUAUGAAUGCUGACAUUAGCAUGCAAAGGGUUAAUAAUUUAAAUAGUGUAACUAUACAAAAAUUUAAUAUGUUUUAAUCAGGUUUAAUUUUUGCUUCUCUGGUUAUUUUACAGAACAUUCUUUCUUCUUUUCAUGUUUGGUUUUGGUGCACUUAUUACAAACUUGUUCACUGACAUGGGUAAAGUGACUGUUGGAAGAUUACGACCAUACUUCAUUGCAAUAUGCAAACCCAAUGCAACUCUACUUAACUGUAGUCAAGGCUUUAUUACAGAGGACAUAUGCACAGGAGAUCCUGUAGAUGUUUUGGAUGCAAGGUAAAUACUAUAGUUGUCAUGCAAUACAACAACAUUUUCUAAAGAAUUAUGUCAAGUCAUUGCUCUUCCCCCUUGAUUUUUAUAACUGACUAUAACACUGGUUAGAGUCAAUGGGUUUUAUUUUUGAGAAAACAACUAUAAUGUCAUAGUGCCUUUCUCCAACUUUGAGUAUAAACUAGCCAACUAGUUUAGCUCAUUGGUAGCUCUGUUUCUAAUGUUACUUUUCCUAACUAAUCCCCUUGCUGUAUUAAUUGUUUUACCUUUCAGAAUGUCUUUCCCUUCAGGUCAUGCCUCAUUUUCAACUUAUUGUAUGGUAUUUUUGGCAGUAAGUAUUGUUUUGUUUCUGUCACUAGUCAGCCAAGUAACCUGAUACCAGACCUAGAACAUUACAGGCUCUGCAUGGGUAGUGACAUUUAUCUUAGAAUAAUGUUGUACCCAUAUUGGUAAUGCUCAUAAUCUCACACCUAAGACUUGUUUAGGAGUAUCCUUAGUUAUUAAAAGAAUUCAAAAAACAUAAAUGGGGUUCCAAACUAUACAGAAAGCUUCCUUCCAAAAGUGCAUAAGAUUUGGUGGGUGAAAGUUUUUUUUAUAAUUUUCCAACCUUACAUUUGAAAUCUCUUAUUUAAGUAUAGUUACUGGGGUACCCUCGACUCUGCUGGUAAUUUUGUCACGAAUCAGUUAUUUUUUUAUUUACAGCUGUAUCUAGAAUCAUCAAUGCCAACAAAACAAACCAACUUGGUGAAACCCUUUUUGCAAGUGGCCUUCCUGUCACUGGGACUGCUGUGUUCACUGUCUCGCAUAUUUGACUACUGGCACCAUUGGGGAGAUGUGUUGGUUGGCAUGUUUCUUGGUACCCUAGUGGCUUUCUUUAUAGUAAGUGUUCAAUCACAACAUCUGAGCAUAAAUUCUUACUUCAGUCCCCACUUGUUAAUUUCCAGAAGGAAAUCUGGAAAUCUUUUGCAUUUGACCUGUAACAGAUCAGCAUUUUACUUACUCAAAAUCAGUUCAUGCUUUGGAAAUUGGGAUGAAUUCUAGAAUUACAGGCUUCCUAGCUCAUGUGCAGUCUGCAAAUAUUAAUAUGUGUAUGAUUUGUUGCCUUUUUUCCAGACAUUCCGAUCACUGAGGCUGUUUUCCUCUCCUCCCUACCCCAAUUGUUACCCUACUGAUGAAGUUGACUUUGUAUCAAGAAACCCUGUGAACAACAGUGAGGAGAGAGCAGAUCUGAAUGGUGACAAUCAAUUUCCACUGUAGCUUCACGUUGUAUGUCAACAACUGGAUCAUUUACAAAAAGCACCUCCCUAAAUUAUAGGGUUAUACUCUACACUGGGAUGCUUCUCCCACAAAUCAAUACCCAUUCUAAGCUCAGAGGUAUAUGAAAGCAUACAUCUUAAAGUUUAACUCUAAAGAAGUAGUGUUGUGAUUGGCAUGUCUCUAUGGCAAAAGAACUCUAGGAGGUGUAUGUCUAAUUUUUAGGGGAAUUUAUAACAAGAUAUUAUUCGCCUGAUAACUCUUUAGAUAUUCAAGCAACAUCCAGCACACAAAUGUAGAGGCUGUGAAAGGCAGAUUUUAACUUUUUGAUGAAAUUUUCCAUGAAUAUUUGAAAGGUUUUAUAUAGCAAGAAGUAUAUACAAAAGUAUUUUAGAAAUUGUAGCUUAGUGUAAAAAAAUUAAUUAAGAGAAGUGAAACUUAAAGGAAUGCUCAAGGACAAGAUUUAAAAUUUCCAAGAAAUUUCUAUUACGAAAUCCACAGCAGGGUGCAUAGAUUUCUUAAUAAUGGAAAUAUUGGAAAUGAAACUUCAAUUGAUCAUCCAUGAGCAGCAAGAAGUUAUCAUGCAGAUGGAAAGUAUUUUAAAUUAUAUUAAAUUAUUGUUAUGGGAGGUUUUUUUUGGUUGUUUGUGAGCAUUUUGAGCAGUGGAGAAAUUAAGUGUAAACAUUGUUCUGUUAUGUGUGCAAUAAUGCUACAAACAUUGCAAUUAAGGGUAGCUGACUGGUUGACGAUGGGUCACUGAUAAGUCGGCCAUAUAUAGUAUUUCAACAUCACUAUAUAAGUAAAUUAGCUUGUUGAACUCAUUUUGUUUCAACACAUUUAGACUAUAUAUUAAUAAAUUUUAUAACAUAGCUAGUAAAUUUGUCUAAUCAAAUUCAAUUACGCGAGCGUGCUUUAUGUUCCUAUAUUGUGCACGCUCACGACGUCAGCUAACAAAUCCCUCGAGAGAAAAAAAUUUCCAUCGGGUUGAAAAUGUUAUAAAACAAUUGGUUCAUAGGUCAGCUGUGCGUUCAUCGAGAUAUGAAGCACUUGGGAAGUUUGGAGAGCACUCAAGAAGCUAGAGUUGCUCUCAGCUACGCCUCGAGCAACUCUUACGCAUCUUUUGUGCUCUCCAAACUUCCCGCGUGCAACAUAUCUCGAUGAACGCACGCUGACGUAUGAACCAAUUGUUAAAUUUAUUGAAUUGUUGUUGAAUCCAAAUCUGCACUUUUGCAAUUUGGUGAACCACUCGUUUGGGUAUUUAAUAGUUAAAAUUGCAAUAUAUUGCGUUUUCUAUCUAGAGGAUUAUUAUUUGACAUGCAUUUGCCCAAGUUGGCAAAUGGUAGUUUAAAAUGUCUCAUCUUGAUGGCUGUUUCCACAUACAUUGGUUAAUUGCACCUCUUUAUGGAUUGUCUAGUGAAAAUCAAGCAACUUUAAGUGGGUUAGCUACCAACAAAACCAACAAUUGAUGUGACAGUACGACGACUUUUGGAUUGCUGUGAGUUUUUUAGGGGUAUUUUCCAAAUCAGUCGCUUGUACUUUUAAAGAAUUUUUUUUUCAGCGUUUUGGAGAAGAGGGACGAUAAUUCUUACUUCUCCUUGACGGUUAAUUGAAUGCAAAUAUAAUAAAAGUGAGACGCAAUUAUGGACAAAUGAUCAAGCAUGUUUAAUGUUUUUACUGGGAUGUUCCUACACUUGUGGUUUUGUUUCGAUAUUAGAGACGAACGAAUUCAAAGCCACCUAAACUUGAUAAAUAAACUCCAAUUUGCAUGAUUGUCUAAAUCAAUUAAUCUUCUUGUCUUCGUGAGCUUAACAAGGGAUUACUUUACGAAAAUUCCUUCAAGAGAGUUCAGAUGACCAGCUUAAAUUCGAACCCUUGAAAUGAAAAGAUACGGGUCUCGGUUCAUGAUCUAUUUUGUUAUUAUGGUCAGAUGUUGAGCGAAGCGGCUCGCAAAUAACUAAGAGUUCUGUAUUAUCAGUUACUAUUAAAUAGAUUAUUCAUCGCAGCAUUGAAAAAAAACUGUUGUUAACAGCUUUUAAAGAAGUUCUUAAAAGGCACGGCGAUUCUCUGCCGUCAUAGAGAACAGCUAUACUCACUGCAAGAUAAUUUGAUCACAUCAACUAAGUGAGUAGUGUGAACUUGCUAUCGUGAAGAGCUUCUAAAGCGUUUCGAGCGUCAGCCCCUUUUCAGAGCUCCUUGUCUUUCGCCCUGACGAAAGGCUAAAGUUUCAACUUCAGCUUUAUAAAAUAUUUUCGGUGCCAAUUCACUUUAUCAACUCAGCUGAUUAAGAUGAAUUAACCUGUAAUGCUCCCCACUCAGCGCCACGGUUUCUCUCGAAACUUACCCUCUUUAUACUCAGCGCAUUCCUAUUGAAAAGCAGUGAUGCAUUAAGGGUGCAGUUAUUUGCAUAUUACACGCUUGGAGAUAAUCCAAAUGCGAAAGUCUGAGUAAUUCAGCGAAAGGGUUAACCUUGCGUAUCGAUCUGCAACGACGUUCACAAACUAAGAUGGCUCGUGACUCUAAAACCAUCAAUGUCGCCUUUGAUUUCUUAUGUUUUAUACUAGUACUAAUUGAUUAUUUGGUGACGAAGACUUUGGUGUAUGGUACAACUGAUAAGCUAUACCCGAUUAAACAGGGAUUCUUCUGUGAGGACAAAAGUAUUCAGCUGCCGUUUAAGGAACCUUGGAUGGACUACGCAGGUCUCUGUGCGCUGGUUUAUAUUGUUCCCAUAGUUGUGGUGAGUAGAUCUAGUCCUAAAUCCAUUAGAAGUGAUAAAACCAAGGAAAGCUACACAGAAAGACGGUCCAAUCGAAUUUGUGCAUUUAGAGGAAAAUUUUAUCAAUGGUAAUUCUUUGUUUUGACCCCGAAGCUAUUUGAAAAUUGUGGGUUUUAUUUUCAGUCUUAAUUACCAAAUAUCUAAAGUUAAAACCUUUAGGUUAAUCUCACAGAAAGUCGUUCAUUUCCGACAAUAUUUCUCUCUUCUUCUCUUGGAUCAUAAUCAAAGAUUAAGCGUUGUUAACAAAGAAUUCCAUUGGGAAGAUCUCUCUCACUGUGCUUCAUGACCAUGAGCUGAAAACACUUUGCAGCAUCCCGAAAGGUACUGCAGAGUUUUGUCACUAUCGUUCUAAAGCUUUCUUUCUUUAUAACCAGAAGCAAUGACUGCCAGAAAAUGGCGUCUUUAGACUUGAAUUUUCGUUUUUUACCUAGAGCUCAAAACUACAAAAAGAACAACAGGACUAAUAAUGCCACAGAUCGCGCUAAUCAUCAUAUCCCAAAAAAUCCAUCCAUCAAACGUGGGAUAUAGUAGCCAUCACCGGCAGUCAAAUUUACUAAAUAUUUCCGUCUUUCCCGAACAAGAUCAUAGAUUCUAAAAGUCGAUCAGCUGAGGUCUUUCUCUGGUAGAUUCACUUAUAGAAGGAUAGGAAUGCAAAUUAUUUUCUGUUUUGUUUGAAGUUAUUCAACCAAAAUUAAAGUACCAUCUUCCAAUUCUAAAACUUAAGCGCCCUAAACCUCUACGAAUUAGACAUUCUACUGCCACAGGAAUGAUUCGAAUUUUGUUUAUUUCCUCGUUGUUUUGAGCUUGAAUUUUGGGUAAAACUACAGAAUACAAGGCAACUCAUUUACAUCUCAUUAAAUCACUGUUAAUCCUAUGGCGUCAUAGCCUUGUUCUUCAAAGCAUGCCGACGAGGUAGACCUUAGUGUCCCUGUAAUGUUUAGUUGCUCAUUUCAAGAUACUCAUCUAUGUUGAUGAGAUGUGAAGCAAGUUUAGGAGUACUUAAUUCAGUUCCUUGAUUUGCCGUAUUGAAGUCGAUCUAUUGACCGCGAAGUUUUUAACAAGAAUUAAAAAGUCAUCCUACAACAACUCAGUGAUUCUAUUGUUCCCUUUGUUAAAAGAAGGCUUAAUUGAUUUAAGUGGGCAUUUGGUCUCCCCGCAAGUAAUCAGGGAGUGAAUAAACAAAUGCCACGAUUGUUUACGGAAUAUUUUCGAAGGAAGGAGAUCUCAGGAACUCAUCAAGCAGUAUUGUGACAAAUGCGUUUUCAAUCACUGAACAUUUCACCAAGGUGUGUUGACAGAGUACUGACGCCAGCUACGUUUUAGCGAGCCCUAUUCAUCACAACUUAGAAAUCUUUUGCAUUUUGAAUGUCAAAAUGUAAGAGUUACAAGAAUUAUCUUAUCAUCAUUUCCCACCACACUAUCCGAUUUGGGAAGGGUGGAGGGGUGAGAGGGGCUGGAGGGAUUGGAAGGGUAGAAGGGGGGGGAGGGGUGGGAGGGGUGGAAGGUGAGGCCAGAAAGACGUUGAGGAAUGGAAAUUAUUUUAGAAAACGGAAUAAAAAGGUCACUAAGGUCCCAAGGUUUGGAACACGUCACCCUGUGAUCUCACCUUAUCCCCUAGAUAUUCUAGCUUUAAGAUCUUACUUAUAAAAUUCCUGAUCAAAAGAAAUCUAUGUUAAACUUGCCCUUCCUCCAAAUAUGAAUUAUUAAUUUGUGGGAAAUAAAUAAAUUAGCGAGGCGGACCUGGGAAUUUGUAGAAAGGAAGUCAGAAAAGAGAAUGAAGAAGCAGAAAAUUUGGACAUACUCGUGGAGUUAAUAUAAAUACUGAUCUCUUCCACGAAUGAGGAUCCCAUCAUUAAUUAAGGCGCUUGUUCUGCUAGAUUGACCGACUGAACCAUCAUUAAAUAACCAAAGUGCAAUGUUUUCAUCCAACGCUCACAGAUUCUGAUAGUUGAGUCCUGUAACAACUGGAAACGAUCAGGAGAAAUAGAUGAAGAGGAGGAAGAAUCCUUUGGGCCAAUCACCAUAAAGCCCUGGAUUGUCAGGUAAAAGGUCCAAUAACAACUUGAAACAGUCUCCCUAGAAACUUAACCCUUUACACUUGAAUAUCAGUAUGCAUAUUCUCCGAACUGUUUCCUAUACAUUUGUUACCUAUUACCCCCAAAUCACAUGUUACGGUAAUGAGAGUAAAGGAAAUGAUCACAAACUAAAAAGGCUCUUGAUUGUUAAACAAAUUCUUCUUGUCAGCACAUUAGGAAAUGUAUGGAGAACAGUUCGAAAAUGUGCAAACUGAUAUUAGGUUGGAAAGGGUUAAGGAGGCACUGAACACCGAUACAAUUCCAGAUCACUUUUGACACUCUAUUGAAGUUCUUACUUUCAUGGUCCGAAUUCAGACCUAGUCUUCUUUUGGUAUUUUUUUUAUUUUCAGCACGAUUGCCUUGAUAUUUGUCUUCGUGUUUGGCGGAUUUCUGAAUGAAAUCAUCACCGACCUCGCCAAGAUAAGUGUGGGUCGCCUUAGACCCAACUUCAGGGAUGUGUGCCGGGCCAACUUGACUCAAAUUGAUUGUCAGCAGGGAUACAUCUCUGAUGGGAUGUGCACUGGGGACGAGUAUAACGUCAAAAUGGCCAGGUAAGACAAGAGGCUGAUAUGAGCUUGUCAGAACAAAUGUUCUAAAAUGUAACUCAGUAUGAUUAACCUAGAAAGCACGUUAUUAGUAUCUGAGGAAUAGUUUGCAAAUUGAUUUUAACUUUACAAAUGCGUUAUCGAAUAACGACGUAAGAUUACGCUAAACAGAUUCUCGAACUAUUUGAGUAGUAGUAGACAUAUGAAAAAAAAAUUAACUGAAAAGAAAUACAUCUAAGUGUUUUGACUGUUGGUUUUGGAUCAGAUUUUCUCUUUCAUGAAUGAUCCCUUGUUGAACGUCAGACACAACUCCAAUCACCCUGCACAGUCACAUUAACCAAUCAGAAGACAAGAAAGUAUGGGGGACACCACCAGGAACCAAUUACCGAUCAGAAUACCAGGAAGUACGCUAGGCGCUAGAGUAAAAUUUGAGAUAAAAAAUGCGUAAUGCUUGGGAAAACGCCAGUUACCGAGUCUUACUCAUUGAAAAAAUGGUAACAGUAUCACUGUUUUUAAUAAAUAUUUAUUUCACAGGAUGUCUUUCCCAUCCGGCCAAUCUUCUUUGACCAUGUAUGCCAUGUUGUAUCUUGCGGUAAGUGCACAUGUCCGCUCAGUCUCAAAUGAUUCCCUCCGCUCUUGUUGUAUUUCCACGUUCUACAUGAGUAGCUUAGGAAAAGACUAUCCCACCGGGUUCGCACCCGGUAUACCAUCGUUACCUCACCGAUAUCCCUCAAGGUUCCCCCGUACCCCAUUAGGGUUGCCCGCCGGGAAUCUUAGCGGUAUUUUCGAGGAAGUUUCUUCAUUCACACAACAACAUUGAGGAGAGAAAAAUUCUCGGCAUACCGGUUCGUCUACAAAGUCUUGUUUUCAAAAGUUUUUAUUAAAUUUAUAAACUUCUCUCCCCCCUUCCAAGCAAAGUCGUGCGUUCACUUAAACUAUGGAUGGUGGAUAGAACUUAAGACUGUAUUGACGAUGAAAAGGGAGAGAAGAGGUGCCAAACAAGCUGGCAAGUAAACAAUGAAGCGUACAAAGACUCUGAGCAGUCAAAAAAAUCCUAAGGUGUCUUGGUUCUCUCGUGACACUAGAGUAACAGGACAUUUUUCUUUUUUUCGUGUGUAGUUUUAUAUCCAGUCAGCUGUGAAGACAGAAACGAAGCUGAUUAAGCCAUUGCUCCAGAUCGUGGUCGUGUCUCUGGCGCUCUUCCUGGGACUGAGCCGAAUCGCUGAAAAUGCUCAUUUCUUGAGUGAUGUUGUUGCUGGUUUCGUGCUUGGAGCCAUCAUUGCCUGGCUUAUGGUGAGUUUCCCUUUACAGAUCACAAGAAAUCAAGAUAUCUUAGAACCGUGGCAUAUCAAAUUAAGUGAAACGCCUUUUUCACGAUUGUCGUCUGUCACUCUUUUGACUUUUUGUCUGUCUGUCUCUUUUAACAGUCUAUCAGUAUUUCCUUCUUCCUUUAUCGUUUUAUGUCUGUCUAGCAUGUCACUUCGUAUGUCUGUCUUUGUCUAUCGCUGACGGCAUAUAUGUCUGGUCUCUUAGCCAACCAUACAGACAGGCUAUCUCUCAUCAAAGUCUCGCUCGUUUUGCUCGUCUGUAUCUAUAGCCAACCUCUCCGUCAACCAGCAAGUCUGUCUGUCUGUGUCUGUCUGUUUGACCAACUGAUUGACUGCUGUCUAGUCAACUCAUUGCUGUCGGAUUAAUUGAAUGACUGACAGAUGUCAGAUUUAAUGACAGACAAAUGUCAGAUUUAAUGACAAACAAAUGUCAGAUUUAAUGACUGACAGAUGUUAGAUUUAAUGACAGACAAAUGUUCGAUUUAAUGACUGACAGAUGUCAGAUUUAAUGACUGACAUAUGUCUGAUUCAAUGUCUGCCUGACUGACUGAUUGACGCAAGCUGUCUGACUGACUACAUGUUCUUUUCUUUCUCUCUCUGUCCAUUUUUCUGUUAGCCAGUCUGGUCAGAUUGUAAUUUUGUCUCAAAAGAAGUUUCGAAGCUGAUAUUUCGAGCGUUAGCCGUUCGUCAUUCACUCUGACGCAGGGAUAACGCUUGAAACGUCAGCUUUAGAAACCCUUUACAGUGGCCAAUUUACAUUAUCUACUCAGUUGAUAAAACCAAACGAUCUUGUCAUGUUCAAACCAAAAGUUUAAAUUUAAAUGUUACGACAACGAUCGUCGUACAUCAAUCAUAAGUUAGUGAUGUGAGAAACCCAAGAAGAAGAUCGGCUUUGUAAGACGACGAGCAUAUCCCUGCUUUGGAGUCAAAAUAAAAGCUUUUAUACAUGGGUAUCAAUGUUUCUUUUCCUCGUAGACUUUCAAGGUGCUGAAGUUGUUCGCCAUUCGAAUCCAUAAGCCUAAAGUUUACACUUUGUUACCACAACAGCCGAGGCAGAUCUCAACUGAGGACUAAGGAACUGGCGAGGACUCCCGAAAACGGAAUGCCAGAUACUUUUGUGUUAUUUAAAUAACCCUUAACACCCUCACAUCCGUAUGAAUACUGCACCUUAAACGUUUUCUGUGCCACUUACGAGGAGAAUUUGUUUGACUAUCACGAGUGUCUUUAGUUUGCGAUCACUUUCCCCGUUAUCAUAUAUUAUUGUUAUUAUUAUCAUCAUUAUUACCUUAAUUUUUGAUGCAGAAGUGACUGUGAGGAUAAAUCAGAUCCCAGUCUUCUACCAAAACAUCUCUUGUAUCUUUGGCUCUGAUUAUUUGGUGUCAAGUCAAGUAAUACAAAUACUCAGAAACAAAACUUUCACUAGAAAGUGUCUAUUGAAAAUUAGGAUUCAGUACAAUAUUAUUCUAAGUGAAAACAAUUUACGAGAGCACAUUCUUGUAGCAGAGGAAGUCUUUCCUUUCGUUCUCAUUAUCUUGGUUGUGUCUUUAUUUAACCUUUUGCAUUAUAACAUUGGUAUUUACACUCUCCAAACUUUUCUCUUUAACUUUCUUCUAGUAAUUACAGGGAGAAUUUGUUUGACAAUCAGGAGCUUCCUAUAUUGGUGGUCGUUUCCUUAUUAUUAGGCGGACCUAUACAUUUGAUUUCAAGGUGAUACAGUAAGGGAAAAUUAGAAGCCAGUCACUAAGCCUUAUGAGUUAACUGGUUAAUGAACCGAAAUAGGAAUUCAGCCGAAACUUAUCAAAACCCAGCUAUGCCAUUUUUCGGGCGCUCCGUAAACUGCAUGAUCAGUGAUAAUAAAAACACAAGCACUGCUUGCAUGGACUAUGAAACAUUAAAACGACGAUACCUGUAGAUGAAAAACAAAAAGACCCUCUGGCAAGAAAUUGAUGCUGUAAUCACGUUAUCUAUUACUGUAAUCUGCUAGAGAAAAACAUUGGUGUUGACAGAUCACGAUAUCAAAUGAAAAGGGAUGUGUCGUUUUUUGGGACUUUCGUUCAAUUAAUAAAAAUUUCGUUUAGUCCCAUAAACUAAUUAAGUGGAUUUCUUUUUUUUUAUAAAAUGACACC